AAAACAAGAACAGUAGAUGAAAUGGAGAGAUGAUAAAGCAAGCGCACUCAUUGAUUCAAAUUCCCAACGAGCUCCAGUUCAUCACAGCCAUUACCAGAUUCCAAUUCCGUUCAUCGAUCCAUCAUUUCUCUGCCUUCCAAAUCAGACCGCUGGGGAAUCUCACUUCCACACGUUCCCGGAAUCAUCGUCGCCGGUCGCCCAUGGCCGCCUCCGCCGCUGGUAACCCUUCAUCCUCCUCUUCGUCCUCCUCCAACCCUUUCAUUUUCUCCCCCGAUUCUCCCCCUAGACUCGCUCUCACACCCCAUCAGAUUAAGCUUUGUUCCGAAGCUCUUGAGGCCUUCAAGGAGAAGCUCCAGAUGCCUGAUGUCAUCAACCAGGAGUUCGCCCGAUUGCAGGCCCAGAGAAUAACCGCAUCGGAUAUGAAGAAAAAUUGCUCUGUGGCUCUUGACAAUGUCAACAUCAGUAAGAAUCGUUACACCGAUGUAUUACCCUUUGACGAGACUAGAGUUGUGCUCGACUCUUGUAAGGAUUACAGACCUUCUGCAAAGGGUUAUAUCAAUGCAAGCUUUAUUUCCAGUUCCUCCUCAGAAAGCCUUUCUAAGUUUAUUGCCACACAAGGUCCGUUACCACACACUUAUGAGGAUUUCUGGGAGAUGGUAUUGCAGUAUAAAUGCCCUGCAAUCUUGAUGCUUACUCGUCUCAUUGAUAAUUACAAGACGGUGAAGUGUGGAGAUUACUUUCCAGCUGAAGAUGGUAGUAGAGAUUUUGGUAAUCUAGUGGUAGUCUCCAAAUGGAUAAAAUCUUCCAAUUCCUCUCUUAUACUGCGCCAUUUGGAAGUGAACCAUAAAGAGUCAGAAGAACGUGUGGCUGUUCUACAUAUUCAGUACCCAGAAUGGCCCGACCAUGGAGUUCCUAAUGACACACUUGCUGUUCGUGAAAUGUUGAAGAGGCUGUAUCAUUUACCACCCGAUCUCGGCCCAAUAGUGGUGCACUGCAGUGCAGGUAUUGGAAGAACUGGAACAUAUUGUGCAAUUCAUAACACAAUUCAGAGAAUCCUUAUUGGAGACUUGUCUGCUUUAGAUCUUGUCAGUACCAUUUUUACAUUUAGAUCCCAGCGAAUUGGAAUGGUUCAAACACUGGAUCAAUACUUUUUCUGCUAUAGAACCAUCGUUGAUCAACUACAAGACCUUAUAUCUGUCCCACAGUAGAGGCUCGAAGCGACGGAUUAAUGACCGACCGUAUGCGGGGUUGGGAUCUUGCUUAAUAAAGAGCUUGCUGGAUUUGAUCUUCUCAGCGUUGAUGAAAUCAGCAGCUGUGGUUCCAGGAGGUUCGUUUUCUCGAGCAGCCGAGUAUGAACACUGUUCAUUGUGGUCACAGUGAAUGUGCUAACCAACUAAUUUUUCUCUUAUGAUGCUCACCAUUGAUCAUUUCAGUAAUUUGCUUAAACUGAAUAGAAUUGAACCAUUCUGAAUUCAGGCAUUGAAUUCAUGAGCUUCAUAUAUUUUGUGGCAAACAUUUGCCACCCAACUGAUUGUUCUUGGGUUUUAAUUGGACAUUCCUUGCUGAAUAUCAUUACAAGUUUAUCGUCUCCUUCA